AUGCCGGGCUUCGACUUCAGCAAUCACAACCGCAACAGCGCUCUCCACGCAAAGGGCGUCCCACUCCCCAAGGCCACAUCCACCGGUACCACCAUCGUCGGCUGUCUCUACGAUGGCGGCGUUGUCAUCGCAGCAGACACCAGAGCCACCAGCGGCCCCAUAGUAGCUGACAAGAACUGCGAGAAGCUCCACUACAUCGCGCCUCAGAUCUGGUGUGCAGGUGCCGGUACCGCCGCAGACACCGAAUUCACCACCGCCAUCAUCUCCUCCAACCUCGAGCUCCACGCCCUCUCCACCGGCCGCAAGCCUCGUGUCGUCACCGUCAUGACCAUGCUCAAGCAGCACCUCUUCCGCUACCAAGGCCACAUCGGCGCAUACCUCGUCGUAGCCGGCUGCGACCCCACCGGCGCACAUCUCUUCACCGUCCACGCACACGGUUCAACCGACAAGCUUCCCUACGUGACAAUGGGAUCUGGUUCGUUGGCUGCGAUGUCAGUGUUCGAGACACAAUGGAAGUCUGGCCUGAGUAGGGAAGAUGCCGUCACAUUAUGCGCCGAUGCGAUCGAAGCUGGUAUCUGGAACGAUCUGGGCAGUGGUAGCAAUGUGGACGUGUGCGUGAUUGCGCCGGAGAAGACACAGCUGAUGAGGAACUACAAGACACCAAACACGCGUGGCAAGAAGGAGAGGAACUACAAGUUCACACCAGGCACGACCGCGGUGCUGAAUGAAAAGAUCAUCACACGGGAGGAGAUUAGCAAGUACGUGACGGUGCAGGAUAUUGGUGAUGGCGAGGAAGGUGUUGGUGAGAAGAUGGAUGUGGAUACCCGGCCGAGCGGGCCAGCGUAG